ACUAAAAGGGACAUUCAUGUUCCCCACAAUAGGUCUUACAACCAGUAUAUAAAGGCUCACAACACAAGCAACCAAACUCACCAUCUUCACCAGCAAGCUGUUUUAAAACUAGUAAUCUAGCAGCAACAAAUUUUGUUCAUAACUCCUCAUAUAAGAGGUACAUAUCAAACAGGGAAAAUGAGCUGGUCAGGAGGAGAUUGGAUGUGUGGUGCUUGCCAGCACAUAAAUUUCAAGAAGAGGGAGGCAUGCCAAAAUUGUGGAUAUCCCAAGUUUGGAGGCCCUGACCCUUCAACUUAUAGAUAUCACAGGACGGAAGCAUUGGCCGGAGACUGGUUUUGCACCGGUAUGAACUGUGGAGCUCACAACUACGCCAGCCGAUCAAACUGCUAUAGAUGUGGUGCAUUCAAAGAUAAAUAUUCUUCUCACAUUAUCUUUAUAUAUAUUUGGAGUAUUGAAAAUAGUAUCUCUUCUGUUGGUGUUAAUGUGAAAUAA